AUGGGGUGGCUGUGGGCCCCCGCCAUGAGGGCAGCCGAGCAGGCCGGCUGCGUGGUGAGCGCCUCUCGGGCUAGCCAACCCGACGAGGGCUUGUGGAGCUGCAGCGGGGUGAUCCUGAACCGCAGCACGGGCCUGGUUCUGUGUCACGGGCGCAUCUUCACUCCCUUCCUGCGGGCAGGCAGCAGGACUCUGACAGCGGCCGACGUGUCCUUCCUGCCGGCAGACAGCUGCGACGACGAUCUCCGCCUGCACGUGCAGUGGGGCUCAACGACCGCGAACCCCGCAGGCUGCGCGCGGCAGGGCCGUCCGGUGUUGUGCACCCCAAAGUGCGCAGGCCCCGAAGCCGGCCUGGCAGCCCUGCCGCGCGGGCGGCCCCUGUCACCCCCGCGCCCUGCCGAGCUGCUGCUGCUGCUAAGCUGCCCGGCUUUCCGAGCCCAGUUCGCGCGCCUCUACGGAGGCGAUGCUGCCGAGCAGUGGCGCUUCGCCAGCCUGUCUCCGGAGGACGAGGUGUGGGACAACGAAGAGAACCUGCUGCGGGCGAUGGGCUGGUUCGCGCUUCUGCGCGUGCAGCCUGAGCCGGCGGCAGCACAACGGAACCCCGCGGAGUGCGGGGUGGCCUUGACGGUGGCGCCCCUGGGGACCGUGGCCAAAGGUGCGCCGCUGCUGGCCUGCGGCUCUCCAUUCGGCACCUUCUGCCCGGACAUUUUUCUCAACACGCUGAGUCGAGGCGUCCUCAGCAACACGGCGGGUCCGCUGCUGCUCACCGAUGCGCGCUGCCUACCCGGCACCGAAGGCGGCGGCGUGUUCUUGGCGCGGCCAUCGGGCGCGCUGGUGGCGCUGGUGGCGUCGCCGUUUUGCUGGAAAGGGCACGAGUGGGUGGGCCUGACGCUCUUGUGCGCCGCUGCCCCGCUCCUCCAGGUGGCCCGGGCCGCGCUCGCCCAUCUGCGCCUCUGUGCUGCGUCCCUAGCCACCCAGCUGCCUCGCGAAAUGCGCGCCCCGCGGGGCCUACUGCUCCAAGACCCCGCCGAGCCCACCUGGGCAGCUGCGGCGGUGCUGGUGGAGUGUGGCAGCUCCUGGGGCUCUGGAGUAGCGGUGGCGCCCCGCCUUGUGUUGACCUGCCGACAUGUGGUGCCUCGGGAGAAGACCAGAGUCCUGGUGUGCUCCUCCACUCCCAGGCGUGUUGCCAUUUGGGGACAAGUGGUAUUUGCUACCCACGAGGUGUCUCCCUAUGACAUAGCGGUGGUGAUGCUGGAGAAGGCCCUGGACGGUGUUCCCACACCUGUGCUAGCCGAGCAGUUCCAUGAAGGUGAGGCUGUCAGCGUGGUGGGCUACGGCAUCUUCGGCCAGGCCUGUGGGCCCUUGGUGACCUCGGGCAUCCUGUCUGCUGUGGUGCAUGUGGACGACACGCCGGUGAUGCUGCAGACAACAUGUGCUGUGCACGGGGGCUCCAGUGGGGGACCUCUGUUCUCCACCGACACUGGGAACCUCCUGGGCAUUGUCGCCAGCAACACCCGGGACAAUAGCACGGGAGCUACUUACCCGCACCUCAACUACAGCAUUCCCAUCACGGUGCUCCGGCCGGCCUUGCAACGCUACCACAAGACCGGUGACCUGAGUGACUUCCACCGGCUGGACUCCGCUGCCAAGGCCAUCCGGGUGGUGUGGCAGCUGCAGCAGCCCCUGACAGAGAGCCCGAAAAGCAAGCUCUGA